AAUACAGAGGCAAACCCCAAACACACCAAAGCAGGGCCUCGCCCUUGCGGCUCUUUUCAGAGAACAGAAGGAAAUGCUCCAGGCUCAGGUCAUCACCCCAUUACACAACAUGGAGUUGUUACUGGAAUCCCUGACAUUUCACGAUGUGGCCGUGGACUUCACCUGGGAGGAGUGGCAGCUCCUGAGCCCCGAGCAGAAGGACCUGUACAGGGAAGUGAUGAUGGAGACCUACGGCCACCUGGUGUCACUGGGGUGUCAAGACAGCACACCAGACGCGCUCUCCAAGCUGGAACGAGGGGAAGAACCAUGGACAGUACAGCGUGGACGCCACUGUCCAGUCUCUCCAGAACGCAGGAAGAUCCAUCAUCCUCUGCCACAUCACCUGCACAGUCGAAGCAUUCAGAAGAAUGUGGAACGAUGCUGUGAAUAUAGUAUGUCUGCAAACAUUAAUCAGAGUGGAAGUCAUUACCUAUUAAAGCAAAAUCAUGAUGUGUGUGAGAUAAGUGAAGAACUUACAGAAUCAAAUUUAAGUUUUGAAAACCAAAACAAAAGCUGUAACUUAAGGAAUUCCAUUGAGUUGAAUGGAGAUAGGACAUGCAUUGUGCAUGCUAACCAAGAACAAUUUUACACUGAAAUCACAUUGCCUGGCAGUACCAAACCCAUUAACAAGAAGUCCCAGAUCACUGUAGAAAAAGCACAUGUAUGCACUGAAUGUGGGAAAGCCUUUGUGAAGAUGUCUCAGCUCACUGAUCACCACAGAGUUCACACAAGAGAGAAACCUUAUGGGUGCAGUCUGUGUGGGAAAACUUUCAGCAGAAAAUCCAGGCUCACCGAACAUCAGAGAAUUCAUUCGGGACUCAAACAGUAUGAAUGCACUGAAUGUGACAAAACCUUCCUCAAGAAAUCACAGUUCAAUAGACAUAAGAAAACUCACAUGGGAGAGAAACCUUAUACGUGCAGUGAAUGUGGGCAAGAGUUCAUCAAAAAGUUUUGGCUCAUUUGUCAUCAGAGAACUCAUACAGGGGAGAAACCCCAUCGGUGCAGUCUAUGUGAGAAGACCUUCUGUACAAAGUCUAAUCUAAAUAAACAUCAAAAAAUGCAUACAGGAGAGAAACCUUACAAAUGCAGUGAGUGUGGAAAAGCGUUUGUUGAGAGAAAUCAUCUUAUUGCCCAUCAUCGAACUCAUACAGGAGAGAAACCCCAUGAAUGCCAUCUAUGUGGGAAGACCUUCCGUAUAAAAUCUAAUCUGAAUAAACAUACAAAGACCCAUACAGGAGAAAAGCCUUAUAAAUGCAGUGUAUGUGGAAAAGGCUUUAUUGAGAAGAAGCGUCUUAUUGUACAUUCUCGAACUCAUACAGGAGAGAAACCCCAUGGGUGCAAUCUAUGUGGGAAGACCUUCGCUACAAAGUUUAGUCUCACAGUACAUGAGAGAACUCAUACAGGAGAGAAACCUUAUACAUGCAGUGAAUGUGGGAAAGGCUUUGUCAAGAAGAGUCAUCUGAUAGGGCAUCAACGAACUCACACAGGAGAGAAACCUUUUACAUGCAGUGAAUGUGGGAAAGGAUUCACACUGAAGCAGUAUCUUAUAGGACAUCAGCUAACUCAUGCUGAACAGAAGCCCUAUGUAUGCAGUGUGUGUAGUAAAGGCUUCAUUGCGAAGCGUGAUCUCACCGUACAUCAGCGAAGUCAUAGUUCAGAUAAACCAUACAUAUGCAAUGAAUGUGGAAAAGGCUUUAUUGUGAAACGUGCUCUCAUUAUACAUCAGAGAAUACACACAGGAGAGAAACCCUAUGUGUGUAACGAAUGCGGAAAAGCCUUCUCGGUGAAAAUACAGCUGAUUGUACAUCAGAGAACUCAUACAGGAGAGAAACCCUUUUUAUGUAGUGAAUGUGGAAAAGGCUUCUCAACAAAGCACUGCCUUAUAGGACAUCUGCGAACUCAUACUGGAGAGAAGCCCUAUGUAUGUAGUGUGUGUGGAAAAUGCUUCACCAUGAAGCGUGAUCUCACUAUACAUCAGCAGGGUCAUACUUCAGAAAAACCAUAUAUGUGUAGUGAAUGUGGAAAGGGCUUCAUCGUGAAGAGUCGUCUGAUUGUACAUCAGCGAAUACACACAGGAGAGAAACCCUAUGUAUGCAGUGAUUGUGGGAAAGGCUUCCCACAGAAAAGGCAACUAAUUGUACAUCAGUGGACUCAUACAGGACAGAAACCUUAUAUAUGUAGUGAAUGUGGGAAAGAUUUCACAGUAAAACGUAAUCUAAUCAAACAUCACCUAAAACAUACAAGAGACAAGCCUCAGGAAUGUAGUGGAAGAGGCUUCACCAUGAAAACUGAUCUUACUUUACAUUAGCAAAGUUAUACUUAAGAGAAACUGUGUAUGUUCAAUGAAUUGGGGUAAAUCUUUACCCCAAAGACUCAUGUCAAUGUACAUCAGCACACUCAGAUGGGAGAUAGCGUUUCUAUGUGCAAGAAGUAUGGCAAAGGCUUAAUUGGGAAAAACAUGCUCAUUGCACAAAUGUGAAUUCAUAUGGAGAGGAACUGUAUAUAUGUAAUGAAUGUGGAAAGAGGAUACUGGGGGUAUUCUUCAGCAAACUCAUACUGUAGAGAGGCCAUACACAUGUAAUAAAAGUGCUUAAGGCUUUAGGAAGAAGACAUGCCUCAUGCACCAUCAGAGAUUUCACUCAAGAAGGACUUCGUUUGCAUGUACUGAAUGUGGAAAAUUUGCAUUCAGCAAAAAUGAUCUUAUUACCCAUCAGAAUCCACAUGGGAGAGAAGCCCUAUUGAAUGAAUUUAAUGUGGGAAAGCCUUCACUACAAACUCAGGACUAUGUUCAUCAAAGAAAACAUACAGGAAGGAUGCCCUAAGGGUGCAGCAAUUGUGGGAAAGCUGCUGACCACUUGUCAAUUGUUAAACGUAAGAUUUCACAGGUAGUUGCUUUUGGGUAAGCCUGUUGCCAGUUGUAGGCCCUCAAGAUAAUAGUAUUCAAAAAAUAUUAUGCAGUAAAGAAUAACAUAGUACAACAGGAAAGUUAGGGGGAAAAUGAAUAACUUACUGCAAAGAAUCUGGUACUAUCUUUCUUGGUCAUUUUCCUGAUUUUAUAUAACGAAAUUACAAAACAAUUUGGAUACAGUCAGCCUUCAUGAAAAUAUUUUUGGACAUUAUAUGUCUAAAAUGUUUAUCUUGAUAUAAGUCCUAUGAAUGUGACAGAAUAGGAAAUUCUUUAGUGGGAAGUAGAACUUACGAUAUGUGAUCAUCAGAAAUCAUGAUUGAAUGUUUCUAAGUAUGGAAAAGCAUCUUCCCCAAAGUAAAACCUCAAUAGAUGUCAUUUUACACUAGACAACUAAUUUUCUCUGGUAGGGAUAUGGGAUGGUUUGCAGUAACUCAUGUUCCUUUAUCAUUUGCCAGAAAUUCAUGCAGAAAUAACUCAUGAACACAUUCAAUUGGUGGACUUUAGCAAAACUUCCAAUAACUUAAUGAAGAAAAGAAUCCUUGAGUGAAAAAGCAUUCUGUCACAAGUCUAAACCUCACAAGCAAUUAGGGACAGGAUACCUUCAGCUAUAAUUUCUAAAUACAUUAUAUAUAUAUAUAAUCAGAGAGGAAGAGGGAGAUAGAAGCAUCAGUAAUGAGAGAGAAGCAUUGAUCGGCUGCUCCCCACACAGCCCCAUACUAGGAGUUGAGCCCACAUUCCGGGCAUGUGCCCUGAGCUCUUCAGCCAUAAUUUCAGUUGCCUUGCCAUUGACUUUAUAACUUUUAAACAGUUACAAUUAUUCUCAUCAUGAAUAAAAUUUUGUAUACAAC